CAGCUGUUUGUCAAGCUACGUUGUAACUGAAAAUGAGUUGACCGUGUUUAUUGUUUGUUUAAUUAUUUACAACAUUUUAAGUUGUUAUUUCCUGCUUUCAAUUGCAAAAGACAAAAUUUUGCGAAAUAAAAAAUGUCGGAGGUGCGCAUUAGGCCACGUCAAGUAUUAAUAUUAAUAGUAGUAUUCUUAUUUAUUUUAUUGCUGGUACAUCGAAAUGGUAAGAGAACUUGUCAAGGUCCAGCGUACCUGCAGGCCAUGUACGAAGCACAAAAUGACAACUCACUACCAAAAAUAUACGCCAUAACGCCAACGUACGCACGGCCAGCACAAAAAGCCGAAUUAACAAGACUCUCACACCUGUUUAUGCUCGUACCCAAUCUGCAUUGGAUAUUAAUAGAAGAUGCAAAUGCAACUACAAUGCUUGUGCGUAAUUUGCUAGAACGUGCUGGUCUCACACAACGCUCCACACAAUUAAAUAUUAAAACGCCGGAAGCAUUUAAAUUGCAAAACAAAGAUCCCAACUGGAUAAAGCCACGCGGCGUUGAACAGCGAAAUUUGGCGUUGACAUGGUUGCGCAGUAAUGUAGAUCCCGAAAAGCAUAGCAUCGUAUUUUUCAUGGACGAUGAUAAUUCUUAUAGUGUAGAAUUAUUUGCUGAAAUGAAUAAAAUUGAAGCGGAACGUGUGGGUGUGUGGCCAGUUGGUCUUGUUGGUGGUUUAAUGGUAGAGAAACCUUUGCUCAGUGCAGACAAUACUGAAGUUAUAGGUUUCAAUGCUGCUUGGCGACCAGAAAGACCUUUUCCAGUUGAUAUGGCGGCAUUUGCAAUAAGUACUGAUCUUUUUUUUAAAUAUCCACAAGCGCUUUUCUCAUACGAAGUGCAACGUGGCUAUCAAGAAAGUGAAAUUCUGAGGCAUCUCACAACGCGCAAACAACUGCAGCCAUUGGCAAAUAAAUGCCGAGAUGUGUUGGUGUGGCAUACACGCACAGAGAAGACGAAAUUAAAUUCGGAGGAAGCACUUAGGAAAGAAGGCAAACGUUCUGAUGAUGAUAUGGAGGUGUAGUGAAAUGAAGUAUGA